AGCUGUUGGCAAUGAGGCGGGGCCGCUGUGGGAGGUGCUGGCAAGUAUAAAAGGCGCUCGCAGGCUGGUCACAGCACAGUAGCCUGCAGCCGCCGACCACUCCACACCCCAAACAUGUACAAGCUGAUCGUCCUCGCCGCCGUGCUGGCCGUCGCCGCCGCCGCCCCCGGCUUCCUGGGUGCACCUGCUGUCGCCUACACCGCCCCCGCGGUGGCCGCCGCCCCCGUGGCCUACGCCGCCCCGGCUGUCGUCAAGGCCGCCGUCGCCGCGCCCGCUGUGGCCUACGCCGCCCCUGCUGUGGCCUACGCCGCCCCCGCUUACCACGCCCCUGUAGCCUACGCUGCAGCUCCCGCCGUCGUCAAGACGAGUGUAUUUAUAUUGGGUUUUGUAAUAAAAAGUGCUAAAAGGGCCACAAAGUUACCUAGUUUUAAGGUACCUAUCGUCCUCGCCGCCGUGCUGGCCGUCGCCGCCGCCGCCCCCGGCUUCCUGGGCGCGCCUGCUGUCGCCUAUACCGCCCCCGCGGUGGCCGCCGCCCCCGUGGCCUACGCCGCCCCCGCUGUCGUCAAGGCCGCCGUCGCCGCCCCCGCUGUUGCCUACGCCGCCCCUGCUGUAGCCUACGCCGCCCCCGCUUACCACGCCCCUGUAGCCUACGCUGCAGCUCCCGCCGUCGUCAAGACGCACUACUUCUAGGAGACGCACUUCAUAAAAAGCCAACUAUUUAUUUACCCACUGUUUCGCUGACAUGUGCACAGCAGUGGAGAAAAUAAAGUGACUUUUCAUGAUAAA